GUUCGGGAGUGGCGAGGAGGACACAAUUUCUGCAGACCGGCGCUACCUGACGAGCGGAGGAGGCCGGAGGGUGGUCCUGCACGACUAUCGAGAUCUGAAAUUUCUGAAGCGGGUGUCCGCUAUCGGGGUGUUCGGAUCCCUGAUGUCAUCAUCGAGCUUAGCAUAUGCUGUCAGUCUGGGCUGGAACGCUGAACUGUGCGCCUUCCUGGUCUUUCAGACUGCGGGUGCAGCGCUGGCCCUGUACGCUUAUCUGAGGACCUACAUCGCUCGCGCUGUUCUGGACCCCAGGCGUGCGCAGCUGUUGAUCACAG